CAACUGGGCAUUGGUGUCGUUUGCGAACUUAACGCUAGAAGUACAAUACAGACAUUAUGCAUAAUACUGCAUAUUACUGCAUAUUAAUAACUGCAUAUUAAUAGUUGGCAAAUCAAAAUUUAGAAGCGCCGUGAUGUUGUUGUGUAGACCCCAGCUCUAGGUUAAUUGCCUAUUAGUAGGUGAAACAUGAGUACUGGUAUCGUUAUGUAUGAACUCGGUUCACUUUUCGUGUGAUCGGCGUAUUUUUGCCAUCUGUUGAUUUCAUGAUGCUAAUUCGUGCAAUACCGAUUUCACAUUUAAAAGAUGGUUAGCCUUGCCGACAAACAUUUGGGCCUUCCUGUGGCAUUUGUCGCCGAUGACUUCGAUGACGAGGAGGAUCCUGUGAUGUAUCUUUUGAAAGAAUGUGUUAAGUUUGUGAAUCAUCCGCACGCUUGCGAAGACGUGACGACAUUGCAAGAGAACUUCGAAAGUGCGAGGGCAAUUUGUGACAUGUCCUGGGAGAUGUUAAACAUAGGUGACUGGAAGGACGUCCCACCGCGUUGGAGGCGGAUGUACAGCUACGGCAGUUUACUGAAAGCACUUUGUGAACUUGGGCAGGCGAAACCGACGGAGGAUGUUCUGAACACCUGUGACAUGGGUCUUAUUAUGGGUGCUCCUGUAAUGGGCAAUAUACUAACGAAGCUUGCCAGUCGAGUGCAUAAGGAAUUGCCAGAGCUGAUUUCUCCUGCACUUCUUGAAAAGGUAGAGUGCAAGGAACCUCACUCGAUCACCUUAAAGUUUCCUUUGAGUCGGCUUGCUUGCCCAUCUGUGGAACAUUUUAUGAAAACAUAUUUAAAUGCGGAGAAGCCUGUGAUUAUAACCAAAGGGAUGGACUACUGGCCUGCAUUGUCAACACGACCAUGGAGCAUAAGGUACCUUGUGACUAUUGCAGGUGGCCGCACUGUGCCUGUGGAGCUGGGGAGCAAGUACACUGACGAGGACUGGUCGCAAAAGCUCAUGACACUGGCAUCUUUUGUCCGCACCUACAUUCUUAAAGAGAAGGGCCCAGAUGUAGGUGUAGGCUACAUGGCUCAGCAUCAGCUGUUCCAUGAGAUUCCAGAGCUGCGAAAUGACAUAUGCAUACCAACUUACUGCUGCCUUUCGGAAAAAGAUGAGGAGCCUGACAUAAAUCUUUGGUUUGGUCCUGAAGGCACUGUUUCUCCAUUGCAUCAUGACCCAAAAAACAAUAUUCUAGCACAAGUGUUUGGAGAGAAGUACAUUCGACUGUAUGGAAAAUCACAAACACCUUUCCUGUAUGCUCAUGAAGAACGCCUACUUGAAAAUACAAGCCAGGUGGACGUCGAGGAUCCAGAUACUGAGAAGUUCCCAUUGUUUGAAAAAGCAGAAUACACUGAAUGUGUGCUGAGACCUGGUGAAAUGCUUUUCAUUCCCCCAAAAUGUUGGCACUUUGUACGCUCUCUUUCGCCAAGCCUCUCUAUAAGCUUCUGGUGGGAAUGAUGAACUGUAUCAGCAAUUGUUAACUCUGCAUGUGCCUCAUUGAAUGCCAUUGUUUAAAAAUAAAGAUGUGUAUAUAACAA